AGUUGUCCUGCCCCUUAGAGAAGAAGUCGCAGAGAGAGAGGCAGGGUGGCUGAUCUCUUGCUCUAGCUGUGUCCCCUGCCAACUUUCCUGCCCCAUCCACUGGGCUCCCUUGCUAAGCCUAAGACAGGGAGUGACCAUUCUGCUGUUAGGAGAGCUCCAGACACGGACGCAGAUCCUCGGAGCUGGCCAUGGCAAGCAGCAAGGACUCGGACAGCGAGCAAGUGGUACCAGACGAAGAGGAUAGGCCAGACGUGAAGGCAGUGCAGGCCCGCUACCUCCGCAGCCCCUCCCCCAGCCAGUAUUCAGUGAUAUCAGACACAGACACAGAAAGCAUCUUCAUGGAGCCUAUCCACCUGUCGUCUGCAGUAGCUGCUAAACAGAUAAUCAAUGAAGAGCUGAAGACAAAGGAGGUCAAAGUGGAUUCAGUUUGUCCAGGGAUGUUGGAGUCCGCAGAGCAGCUGCUGGUGGAGGACCUGUACAACCGAGUUAAAGAAAAGAUUGAUGACACCAGCUUGUUCAACACACCGUGUGUGAUGGACUUGCAGAGGGCACUCAUGAAGGACAGGCUGGAGUCCCCCUGGGAUCCUGUGGAUGAAGUCUGGCCCAACGUCUUUAUAGCAGAAAAGAGUGUUGCAGUGAACAAAGGCCGUCUGAAGAGGCUUGGGAUCUCUCAUAUCCUGAAUGCAGCUCAUGGAACCGGCGUGUACACAGGGCCAGAUUUCUACAAUGGUUUGAAUAUCCAAUACUUGGGCAUUGAGGUGGAUGAUUUCCCAGAGAUGGACAUUUCCAAACACUUUCACCAGGCUGCUGAGUUCCUUGAUGAAGCACUGCUGACAUACAGAGGUAAAAUCCUGGUAAGCAGUGAAAUGGGAAUCAGUCGCUCGGCUGUGCUGGUGGCUGCUUACCUGAUGAUCUUCCACCACAUGACCAUCUUAGAGGCCCUGCUGACUAUAAGGAAGAAGCGUGCCAUUUAUCCCAAUGACGGCUUCCUGAAACAGCUCAGGGAGCUCAAUGAGAAGCUGCUGGAGGAACGAGAGCAGGAAGACGCUGGGGAUGACGAUGACACAACCAGCCAGAAUUCUGUCAUCGAAGCAGGGACCCAUUCCCUGCUGUCUGGAGUGGAGGUCUCUGGGAGUGUCAUGGGAGCCAAAGUGCACUCCAUCACAGUAGAGGAAGAGGAUACCAACAGCAUUCUGGGAAGUGUCAUGAGUUCUUCAUCCAUGGGAAAAGUUAGCUUGGUUUCCAAAAAGCCCACUCUGAUCAGUGAGGAGGAGGAGGAACAGCUGUAUGAGGAAUGGAGGCAGAAGCAAGGCCUGCCAACAAGGGAACCACCAAAUCAGGAUGUGGAAAGCACGCCUCCAAAACUUCCAGAUCAGGGAGAAGAAGAAUCUGAAGAGAAUGUGGAACAGAUGAUUCAAGAGUGGCAGAGUCGAAAUGCAAAAUAUGAAAAGGAAGGUUAUUGGCUAUCCAGGGAGGAGGAUGGAGUCUCCAACAUGGGAGAAAGGCCGUAUCCUUCAAGUGAACUGGGUGACUUGGAGAGUGUGAGUAGCCUUGACAUCCGAAUCCUGAAGCAACAACUGGAAGCCAGCAGCAUCAACAGGCUGAGGAGGGGCCGCACAGACUCUGUGUCUACGGAAAGCACCUGGGAUAUGUGGAACCAGAGGCUGCUGGAGAUUGAGAAGGAAGCUGCUCAGAGAUACCGUUCCAGGAAUAAAAGUGGUGAUGAUAGUCCAGAACCAGAACCAGAACCAGGAAGAAAGGGAAGAGAUGUGGAUGUGGAGAGUGUUAUCUCGGACACCAGCUCCUUUCAUAACUUCUGCAAAAAGAACAAAGACAAGCUGACCCCUCUUGAAAGGUGGAAGAUCAAGAGAAUCCAGUUUGGCUUUCACAAGAAGGAUUUAGAAUCCUCUGUGUCCCCCAAGAUGGAAGAUGGCAGCCAGCCAGUAGAGGAGGCAGCAGAAGAAGAGAAGGAUCUAUCCGAUGUCAACCUGACAGCUUACCAGGCCUGGAAAAUAAAACACCAGAAGAGGGUGGGCAAUGAGAACAAGGAUGAUAUUGUGGAGCUUGCCAAGUGCGAAGAUUCUGCUUCAGCCAAAAGGAAGCAGAGGAGAAUGGAGUUACUUGAACAUUCAAAAAAGACCCUGGAAGAAAGCCAGUCCCUGUGCAGCUGGGAGACAGAGAGCGCAAUGAGUGGGAGCAUCCCGCUGUCAUCUCUUUGGUCCUCAGCACCUUCCAUAAGCGGUGCUGAGGAUUCAGCUUCUUCACUGAGCAUACAGAGCAACCGGUCAUCUUUACCUCAGAACAGAAGCAGUGCUGGGGCUAUGCAACCCCAAAUGCCAGCUAUACCUCUGCCCAACAUCCCAGUUGGCCAGGGUGAUGCAAUAUCCAUGGCCAGCAUUCAGAACUGGAUUGCCAGUGUGGUUAGUGAAACCAUUGCUCAGAAACAAAAUGAGAUAAGGAUGUUGUCCCACCCGCCCUCCACAUUGGCCUCCAGCAUUAAGUCAGGUGACUUUGGCAGAUGCCUCGACGAUGACAAGGCCUCCCUUCUCAGUGCACAGAGUGGCUUGUCUGUAGCUAGCUCUCUGCUCCGCCAGAGGGACAUGAACGGUGCUGACACCCAGUCCAUUCUGUCUUCCAAUGCCUCAAUGAGCAUGAGGACAGGAGAGUCUAACUCAAGCAUGAGGGGGACUCAAACAAGCAAGCCACUGUACAGCCUCUUUGCAGAUGACAUUGACCUGAAAAAACUCAGCCGGAAGGAGAAGGAGAUGCAAAUGGAGAUGAGAGAAAAAAUGUCAGAUUAUCAAAUUGAGAAGCUUGUCAGAGACAACAAGCGCAGCACUUUAUUUAAGAAGAAGAAGGCCCAGGGAGAAGAUGAAGAAGAGAAAGUUGAAGACAACACAGAGAACACAAUAGGUGGCAUUCGGUACCCCUUCCAAACAGAUCUUGACAGAACUGAUACAGCUUCUGCUUUCUCCGGUCAGUUUGCAAAUACUGGUGCCAGGAAUUCAGAGGUGGACACCAAUGUUAAUAAGUGGCUGAGUGGCCUGAAAGCAGAAGGAAAGACAUCAUAUCAUGACCAUGCUGAAAAGGCUAGAGAGAAAUACAAUAGAUCAUCCACUCUCAGAGAGGUGGACUCUGAAGCAUGCAAGUAUAGCUUCUCCAGAUCCCAAAGUGAAGAGGUGGAUAGUUCUUCUUCCUAUCAGUGUAAAGGUGAUUCACUGAGAACCACAUCAAGAUUUUCCUCUACCUCUGCAAAAGAGGACAAGGAAAUGUACAAGUUCACACGAACAAAGGUCAGAGAGACAAGUUCUAGGGAAGAAAGCCCAGAGCCAUCCUAUGAUUCUGAAUCCCCAGGACCAUCAACGCAGAGUCGAGUCAGAUCCCGUCACUUGGAAAAAUCUGAAGAGGAGUCUAGUUCCAACAUGUCAGAAUUUGGAGCAAAGAGAAAGUUCAUUCAGAGUUUUUCAAAGUCUGAAGAGGACGGAAACAGAGAAGAGAAGGUGGAAGAAAGGGAAGAGAGGUUUGCAUCAAGGCAAUUCUCACAGUACAGACGAAGCACCCACAAGGAAGAAGAAAUGGAUGAUGAUGCCAUUAUUGCUGCCUGGAGAAGCCGGCAAGAAGAAACUAAGGCAAAGCUCCGGCGAAGAAGAGAGGAAUGACUGAGGACAAGGUUGUUAAGGCACCAUCAGGACUGAAGUGGGGUCCCAGCCUCAGCAGGCGUCCCAGACACAGAUGUCUCACCUGAAUCACUCAUCAUUAUAUUUCAGAUCAUCUUUCAUGAUUUCCAGGGCACUGCUGAUGUCCUGCAGAAGCUUUCUUCACCUUAAUCAACAGACUUGGAGGAAGAAGGUUAAUCACUUGAAGUGUUUGUGGUUUGUCAAAAAGAAGAAGCUUGUGCUAAAUGAUUAGCAUAGGUGUAAAUAAAUCUUUAGGAGACACUUGUAGCUGGAGAAUAUUUUAGUAACAAUAGCAGGUAAAGCUAUUCUGCCCCCUGACCCACAAGUCAAGAGUUUGGGGGGGAGGGAUAGCUUAGUGGUUUGAGCAUGGGCCUGCUAAACCCAAGGUUGUGAGUUCAAUCCUUGAGGAGGCCAUUUAGGGAUCUGGGGCAAAAAUUGGGGACUGGUCCUGCUUUGAGCAGGGGGUUGGACUAGAUGACCUCCUGAGGUCCCUUCCAACUCUGAUAUUCUAUGGUCAGGUCUUGUUUUGAUUAUUUCACUUUUCUGGAGUCAUUAAAGAGUCACUAGCAUUAUUUCUAGCUUUGUUUUGAUUAUAAAUGGGGGGAUAGGGAACUAACAACCUUCUCUAGAUGCUUGACAGUGUGGUUUCAUUUCUUAUCAGCAUUGCUUUUUUGAUAUGGAAAAUAUUGAGGGGUUUUUUUUAGUACAGUAUUCCUUUUCUUAUUAAGCACAAGCCAAUUUGGCUUUUUUAUGAUAUUCAUCAGUGUCAUGAAUAUCAGCAUGAUUUUGGGGAAUACAUUUAACGUUUGCUCCACUGAGUAGCUGCAGCAGGACAAAAUAUCCAUUAAAUGUAGCUAUUGUGGGGAUUUAUAUUUUAGGGUUUCUUAAUUUAUUUGCUGUCAAUUGGUUGAGACUACAGGGAAGAAAGCGACUUUGAAACUCAAGAAUAGUCCCAUACUGUAUAUAGCAUAAGGCCAAACUCUGAAAUUACUACUUGACAGUGUCUGACCCUUUUAAAAAUGAUUAUAUUUAGGGUGGUGGAUCUUGACAUGUAUAUAGUAGAGCUAACAUAACCUAUAUAGUAACAAGAAAAGAACUAGAUAAGUUCAUGGAGGAUAUGUCCAUCAGUGGCUAUUAGCCAGAAUGGACAAGGAUGGUGUCCCUAGCCUCUGUUUGCCAGAAGCUGGGAAUGGGCGAUGGGGAUGGAUCACUUGAUGAUUACCUGUUCUGGUCAUUCCCUCUGGGGCAUCUGGCAUUGGCCACUGUCGGAAGACAGGAUACUGGGCUAGUUGGACCUUUGGUCUGACCCAGUAUGGCUGCUCUUAUAUUCUUAUGUUCUAAGAAUGCAUCCUCCUUGUUAGAAGUUUAAUACACUAAUGGAUCUGUCUGUGUAAUACCACUGCCCACAACUGGAUGGAAUUAGACCCAGCCCAAUGUGAUUAUGUCUCCUACUAGUUGCUUGAGGUCUACAAGAGGGAAAAAUACUUAAUACUAUUGACUGCUUAGUAGUCUUAAUAAUGGAUAUUCUGAUCUCGUUCAAAAGGUAGAAGUGUGUUUUGAAGGAUAGGUCUUGAGUUCAAUUUGACUCAUGCAUGUAUGCAGUUCAGCUGGUGCCUGUCUGUUAUGUCUGUAGUCCGAUUGUGUCUUUUAUUAUUUUUCAGCAUUAUUGCCUGAAAUAAAAGGGUGGUACUCAUGCCAAUCUCUGGUAAUAAACAAAUGGGUGACUAAUAUAUGCUGAAAUACAACAUGCAA